AUGUUAUCGGCAGCUCAUGGAUUCGCGCUAGUAACCCCUGCCUCGCGAGGAUUGGGGUUCGCCUUCGCACAGCAGCUCCUGACACGGACAGAGCUCCCGGUGAUCGCAACAGCCCGCAAGAACUGCGAUGAACUUAAAGAACGACUGCUGGCAAGCAAGGGUAUGCCAAAAGACGCGGAACAGAGGCUCCGUAUUCUCCAAGUUGAUGUAACAGAUGAGUCUACGAUAUCAGCAAUGGCAGACACAAUCCGCCAGAAAUACCCGAACACACCACUCAGGCUCGGAUUGACAAUCCCCGGCAUUUUACAUGCGGAAAAAUCGCCUAGCCAAAUCGAUGCUGCCAAUGCGCUGGAGAGCUUCAAAGUCAAUUCCCUCGGCCCGUUGCUACUCCUGAAGCAUCUUUCCCAAUUCGUUCCAUUGCGAUCCGCACCGAAAUUCCCGACAAUAGAGGUUAGCUCUGCAAUCAAUUCCCAAGGGCCGCUCGGGCUGCCCUCGCAUGCCAUUUAUGCAAUGAUGGCUGCCCGAGUCGGCUCAAUAUCCGACAAUGCAUCGGGCGGAUGGUAUUCCUACCGUGCAAGUAAGGCAGCUGUAUUCCAAUUGGCCAAGACUUUUGAUUUGUAUUUGCGCACGAAGAGUGCGGAAAGGGCAAUUGCUGUGGCCUUGCACCCUGGGACUGUGCACACGGAGUUCACCAAGGAUUAUUGGGGAACGAGGGAAAUGCUGGAGCCGGCCGAUGCAGCCGACAAGCUGUUGGAGGUGCUUGUGGGGUUAUCACCCGAGGCUAAAGGAGGGAGAGGGAGGUGUUGGGAUUGGAUGGGGAAGGAGGUUUUGCCGUGA